AUGGGAACCAUGCAAGAAGCGGGAGAAAAGACGUUAGAUCUCGGGGCCAGGGAGAAUGCUGAAGCAGUGGGGCCAGCCUCACCCCUGAGACUUGGGGGAUUGGAGCUGAAGGAGGAGUGGCAGGACGAAGAGUUCCCCAGGUUUCUUCCUGAAGAAGCGGACCCUUCUGAAGAUCCUGACGAUCCUGAGAGAGACUCACAGACAGGUACUCCCAGCACUUUAGCCUUGUGUGGCCCACGUCCCAUGCGUAAGCGUCUUUCUGCCCCAGAGCUGCGACUGAACCUGACUAAGGGGACUGGAGGCGACGGAACUUCUCCCACGUGCUCUGAACCUUCCUCUCCUGAUGGCAGUUCUGACCUGGACGUAGAUGAAGUGGAGACCCCGUCAGACUCGGAGCCCCUGGACAGUGGACAUGAAUUUGAAUGGGAAGAUGACCUGCCCCGGGCAGAGGGUCUGGGGGCCAGUGAGGCGGCAGAAAGGCUGGGCCGGGGUUGUGUGUGGGAUGUGGUUGGAGAAGAUGGCCGUCACUGGCGGGUGUUCCGGACAGGACAGCAGGAGCAGCGAGUGGACAUGACUGUCAUUGAGCUCUACAAGAAAGCCCUCUCUCAUGGAGGUUACCAUGGUGAUGGCCUCAAUGCUGUUAUUGUCUUCGCUUCCUGUUACCUACCCAGCAGCAGCAUCCCCAACUAUACCUAUGUCAUGGAGCACUUGUUCAGGUAUAUGGUGGGAACUCUGGAGCUGCUGGUCGCUGAAAAUUACCUGCUGGUUCACUUGAGUGGAGGCACGAGUAGGGCCCAGGUCCCACCUCUGGGCUGGAUGCGCCAGUGUUACCACACUCUGGACCGGCGGCUCCGGAAAAACCUGCGCGCUCUGGUGGUUGUCCACGCCACCUGGUAUGUGAAGGCAUUCCUGGCACUGCUUCGGCCCUUCAUCAGUUCCAAGUUCACACGAAAGAUCCGUUUUCUGAACAGCCUGGGAGAGCUGGCCCAACUCAUCUCCUUGGAUCAGGUUCACAUCCCUGAAGCUGUCAGACAGCUGGACCGGGAUCUCCAUGGCUCAGGAGGGACCUAG